ACGACGAGUUCAGAAUCAACGUCAUCCAGCAGCUCUGGAUCAUCAUCAAGCAGCUCGUCGAGCUCUGGUAGUGAAUCGAGUUCAUCAGACUCGGAAAAUUCCAGCAGUUCAGCGCGUAGCCAAAAAGUAUCUGACUCGGAGAAUAAAAAUAAAAAAAAGCCAGCACCAGCUGCUGGAUCUAGUUCCAGCAACAGCAGACAUGUCAAAGGCAAGACUGAAGCAGCCUCGACGGAUAAUAAGAGCAAGGACAAGGAUAAGACACCCCAGAAAUCAUCAGCUCGUGUUAUUUAUUCAUCAGAAUCCGAGGAGUCGCCAACUAAGUCAAAAGCUCCGGUGAAAAGAAAGCCACCAGCGAAGCCUAAAGCUACUGCGACUGUUGCUCCGGUUAUAAAAGCCCAGAAGCAGCCGCCUAAAACGGUACAAAGUAAAAAUUCUGCUCUAGCUGCUAAAUUACUCAGUUGCAAGCAAAAAGCAGCUGCUAAUAGUAGUGGAAGCAAUAAUCCUGGCUCGGGUAAGGCUAAUGAUAAAGGUAACAAGAGUGGUGAUACUGGUCAGAAGAAGGACAAGAAGAAAAGUAUAUUCAGUCCGGAAAAUAGCAGUGAGAGUGACAGUCCUCCAGCUAAGACUAAUGUUAAGGCUGGUAAUAGUGUCGCUAGGUCCAAACCACCACCUAAGCCUAAAGUUAACACGGAAAGUAAACCAAGACCGCCUGUUAAUAGACCUAAUUUAGUAGCAAGACACCAGCCAAAGUCAGAAAGUUCAGCAAGUUCAAAAAGUUCUGGUGGGUCUGGUAAUUCCGAGUCUUCUGGCUCAUCUGGAAGUUCCUCAGAUUCAGAUUCAUCUGACAGCGCUCCGAGCCCAGCACCUCCUGUUAAAAAAAAAGAACCGCAUUCAUCGAGCUCGGCAACAAACACAAGCAUUGCUUCCAAGCGACCUUCAGCAGUUAUUGCUGCUGUGAAACCUCAAAAGACAUCAAAGCGACCUGUAAUAAAAAGUGAAGAAGAUGCUUCAGAUAGUGAAAAGGACGAUGAUGAGCCUGUUGGGCGAACUUCAUCAACUACUUCACCUAAAGGAAAGAAGAAAGUUCAGCAGCGAAAAGGCAGCAAAUUAUUUCAAUCGCAAGUUAAAAUAAAUAGUGAUUCCGAUUCUGAUGGAGGUGUUGAAAUAAAAAGAAGUCUCAGUAAAUCUCCAGUAAAACGGGCACCUGCAAGACAAUCUUCAACAUUAUCAAGGGUAAACCAAGGAUCUGCAAGCGGAGGUAGUAGUACAAGUGGACGAGGUGGUUCAAAUUCAGUAUCAAGAUCUCGUAGUGUCAAGGAACGUGAGUGUCCUUUAGCGGCGUCAUGUGAUUCCAAAGGACAUCUUUCUGGGAAAUUUGACACUCAUUUUACAUUAGAAGCUUGUCCUUUGUAUCACAACACCACACCGCAAGCUUGUGUAGAAUUUUAUAAAGAGCGAAAAAAACGAGAAGAAGAACGUAAAAAAGCGCUGGUGAAUAUUGGAAAAAAAUCACCCAAAGGCGUUCAUCAGACUACUGAGCAACGUAAUUACCAGCUUAAAGUUAAAGAAUUACGCAGCAAAUGGAAACGUCCGACUGAUAUUGUUUCCAAUGAUGGUGACAAAGUUGGUGGCCGAUUGAGUAUCGAGAAAGAUCGCGAGCCACGGUUAGCUGGGCUAACUUCUGACUAUGAUUUGAAACUUUUCAUGGAGGCGCAAGCUCUUGCGAGUGAAAAAAUUGUAAGUUAUUUAUAUUAUUAG